AAUGAGCCGUUAGUGUUUCUGCUCGUCAUCUGUUUGAAAGACGGACAGACUGACGUGUCUCUUGCUCUGUCCUCCCUCCCUCCUCUUCCUCUCUCCAAACCUCUCAGAGUUUUCAAGAAGUCGAGCCCCAACUGUAAGGUGACAGUUUACCUGGGAAAGAGAGACUUUGUGGAUCACCUGGACCACGUGGACCCCGUAGAUGGAGUGAUCCUUGUUGACCCUGAGUACCUGAAGGACAGGAAAGUCUUCGUCACGCUCACCUGUGCGUUUCGAUACGGCCGUGAGGACCUGGACGUCCUGGGUCUGUCCUUCAGGAAGGAUCUCUACAUCUCCACCUUCCAGGCGUUCCCUCCGGUGCCCGAGGAGAAGAAACCCAACAGUCGUCUGCAGGAGCGUCUGCUGAAGAAACUGGGCCAGCACGCACACCCGUUCUACUUCACCAUUCCUCAGAACCUCCCGUGUUCAGUCACUUUACAGCCCGGCCCAGAGGACACUGGGAAGGCGUGCGGCGUCGACUUUGAGAUCAGAGCUUUCUGUGCCAAGUCAAUA